UGACAGUCAAACGCACUGUGUUUCUUCAUUAUUUAGUGACGAGAGCUACAGAAAAUUUCGUUAACAGUGUGAUUUCUCUAUCAGUGCAAAAUAGUUAUUGGGAAUCUUCAGGAACAGUUGCAUUUAUAAGUGUUUUCUGGGCGAAUUCAAAAAACGUCAAACAGAGGCAAACAAGACAUUAAUCAUUUCUUUUAAACUGAGAAACGUAUGAAAUAGCUCGAGAAAUGGAAGAUCAUGCUAUUAGUGUCUCUACCUCGGAAGAGAAACAAUUGGAAAUCCUCAACCAACAAUCAGAAAAAAACCUGCAAAAAAGAACGAUAAAAAGACCUGCUUUUCAUGAUGAAUUGGACGAUUCCACCAGCGGUGUACAUAGUAUUCGUGAUGUCAAUGAUAUUUAUAUUCAUGACAUGAGUGACGUUUAUGACAUUGAGGUGCAGGUGGAUAAUGUUGAUGACGUUAAUGAUGUUAAUGAUGUCAAUGAUGUUAAUGAUGUAAAUAAUAGUCACACUUGUUGCGAAGCAUGUUGUACGACACUACAAACUUUCACACAAAAAAUUAUGACAAAUACAAUAAGAGUAACGAAAAAAUUAGAUUUUAUCAUUAAUCUAAUUGAAAAUAAGGAUGUUGCGUGUGAGAGUACUACUAAAUGUGAAACAACAUUAUUACCUUCUUUACCUCUAAUGACAAUAGAAGAUUGUUUAAAAUUUGAAGAGCAGCUUCAACAAGAUAAGGAAAUCAGAAAGCAGUUAAAAAAGAAAAUUUCAACAAUCGGAGGAACGACGUAUGCCAAUAAAACAAGAAAUAUUAUGAAAUUUAUUCUAGAUGAUAACGUUGCAAAAAAAUUAUCGUGGACAGGACGAAGACAAUCAGUACCAAUAAAAGACACAACAUUUGCCAACAUUAUUAUAGAUUACAUUUCUACGAUCGAAAAUUGCAGUCUUUAUCAGGUGCAAAAAGUUAUUCAAGAAUGGUUGCGGCACGCAGGAGAUCGCCUCAGUCGUUUAUUAAAGAAGACAUAAUAUAAAGUGAUAUAAGUAGUGAUAUAAAUAUAUAGUUUUAUAAGUGUGACAAAUAUACAU